AGAUAUGGCAGAAGCUUACCAGAUCCAAUCAAACGGAGAUCCCCAAUCAAAACCUCUUCUCGAGCUCUACGUAAAAGCGUCAGGAAUUGAUGCUCGCCGCAUUGGAGCCGAUCUUUUCUGUCAGGAAUUCUGGAUGGAGUUGUAUGCUCUUUAUGAGAUUGGAGUUGCACGAGUCGAAGUGAAGACUGUCAACGUGAAUUCUGAAGCAUUUAAGAAGAACUUUCUCGGAGCACAACCACCGAUUAUGAUUGAAGAGGAAAAAGAGCUGACAUACACUGAUAAUCGAGAGAUUGAAGGACGGAUCUUUCAUUUGGCAAAGGAAUUCAAUGUUCCACUCUUUGAAAAGGAUCCAUCCGCUGAGAAGAGAAUAGAGAACUUGUACAGGAACUUCAAACUGUUCCUGCGAGCAAAAGUAGAGUUCGAUAAGGGAAAAAAGGAGCCAUCGAGAGUUGAAGAUCUUCCAGCACAGAUUAAAGUUCACUACAAUCGAGUCUGUGAGCAACUAUCCAAUAUUGAUCAGUUGCUAUCCGAGAGAAAAUCUCGAUAUCUACUUGGAAACAGUAUGACUGAAUAUGACUGUGAACUGAUGCCACGUCUUCAUCAUAUUCGAAUUAUUGGAUUGUCACUUCUUGGAUUCGAUAUUCCACAUAAUUUCACUCAUCUCUGGGCUUAUAUCCUCACUGCAUACCGUACAGCAGCAUUUAUUGAGAGUUGUCCCGCCGAUCAGGACAUUAUUCAUCACUAUAAAGAACAAAUGAAUCUGUUCACAAAUCAACGUGAAACCCUCCAAUCGCCAACAAAAACGCACACAAUUCCGGAAAAAGUGCUAUCGGAUAUUCGUGUUAAAGGACUUGCUCCCGAUGUUAAUGUUCAUUAAAUUAAAUUCCCUCUACUAUUUGCUCUUUAAGUGACAGAUUUCUCAACGAAAAUUUAAAAAAAUUUCGGCUAAAAAUUGCAUAUUUUGGUAAUUUUUUCGUCGAAUUGACACAAAAAACCGGAAUUUUGAAUUUUUCUUGUAAAGAGAAAAUCAAAAAAUUUUGGAAAAAUUGGAGCUGAUUUUUAUGUGAUGAAAAUCUAUUAAAAAAAUGGCAAAUUUGUUCAAUUUUUUUGGCUAUUCUUUUUAUAUAUUUUUCCCACAUUUUCACAUAAAAAUCAGCAAAAAAAAUUCAAAAACCGAGUUUUCUCAGAAAAACGCCUAAAAUUUCCAGAUUUUCGCAAAAAAUAUUGAAAUAAUUCUUCGAAAAUUGGGAAAAUUUCCAUUUUUUCAAAACAAAAAAAGUGCGGGAAUAUUCGGAAAUUUCCGAUUUUUUUUUCAAAAAAUCAGACAUUAUCCAGAUUUUCGCUUUAAAAAACCGACUUUUUUCAAAAAAUACGAGAAAAAGCGAUUAUUUCAGAUUUUCGUUGAAAAUUCUGAAAUAAAACAGAAAAUUUGCAGAUUUUCGCUGUUAAAACCGAAAAAAAAUUACAAAAUUUCCAAUUUUUUCGGGAAAAAAACGGAAAAAAUCAGAAAAUUUCCAGAUUUUUCCAAAAAAUACCGGCAAUAUCUGAAAAUUUCAUUUUUUUUUUUGCAAAAAUACUGGAAUAAUCAAAGUAUUUCCAACGUUUCUAUCUGAAAAAUCAGAAAAUUUUCCAAUUUUUUUGCAAAAAAAAACGUGAAAUGUAUUAAAUUUCCAGAAUUUCCCAAAAUUUUUCACAAAAUUUCCAAUUUUUCCAACUUUUUUCAACAAAAAAAAUCCGAAAAAUCUGUCAUUUAAAGAGCAAAAAAAUGUUUUUCCGCGAAAAAAACUGUCUAACUCUCUAUUUCUCUUCUCUCUCUCUCUCUCCCCACCCACACACACACACACACAUCUAUCUCAUUUUAUUUCCAUUCCGGCCUUCCCCCUCCACAAAAAGAACCAACGAUCGAUUUUUUUGAAAAGCAUAAUAUUUUCCCGUUAUUUAUAUAUUUAUCUUUUUUUUUCUAUUUUUUGACUGAAAUUAUACCCAAUUUGCUCAAUUUUGACUGAAAAUUCGACGCAAUUCUCCCCAUAUUUUUUUCUAAUUUUUUUUUUGCGAAUUUUAUCUCUCUUGCCAUUAUUAUUUUGUUAAUAAAUAAACCCCCAUUUAUUG